AUGUUUAAAGCAAAUGUUUAUUGUCUCGCUGUUGCUCUUCUAAGUUUGAUCGUUUCAAUAAAAUGUCAAUGUCAAUCUGGAAAUUCAUCUCAAUAUGAUCAAUGUUCACAAAAUGCUCAAUGUGCCUGUUUACAAUAUUCGUUUUCGAGUUCGAUGUAUGUCUGCGGAUUAGUUAGCUAUUCCUGUGGACAAUUUCCUCAAUGUCGACCACCAAAUGAUGCAUGCGACGCAAACGAAAUAUGUAUUCGUCAUCCUCGAUGUAAUUCCCAGCCAGUUUGCUAUCCAUUAUCAAUGAUCAAUGAACAAUCAUGUCCACCAGGAACAGUUUAUCAAACAACUGAACCAAUGCAGCGGAUAUCGAAUUAUACAAGUGCAUUAGAUUCUUUAGACGGAAAAUAUACACGUCCCAAUGGAGGCGCGCCAAAUACCUAUUACGAAGCAAUUCAACUAUACGUUCCAACAUCCGGUUACUAUGACUUAACAAGUGUAAGUAGAUUAGACACACACGGUUAUCUUUACAAUGGAACAUUUAAUCCAUUUGAUCCUCAAUCUAAUUUAAUUGCUCAUAAUGAUGAUGGCGCGGGUGGAGGUCAAUUCAAAUUACCUGUUUAUCUCCAAGCUGGAAUUCCGUAUACAUUGGUUGUAACGACUCACAGUGCAGGUAAUACAGGGCCUUUUUCAGUUAUUGCAGAGGGCCCAGGAAAUAUCCAUUUUUCGCGAUUAAAUCCUGUGACAACAACAACGACGACGACAUCAACUACAACAACUUCAGCAAUCAUCGUCUCUGCAGUUUAUAAUGGUAAUUUAACAUCGUCACAUCCGUUUUAUAACCGUACUGGAGGUUCAACAGGACAAUAUUACUACCAAGCAUUUGAAAUACACGUAAGCACCACAGGCACUUACACAUUCACAAGUACAAGUAAUAUGGACACAUUUGGCUAUAUAUAUCAAGGAAAUUUCUAUCCAUUUGCACCUCAAAUAAAUGUCCAUGGUCAAGAUGAUGACUCAGCUGGUAGUAGUCAAUUCCGUGUUACAGCCGUACUUCGAUCUGAUGUUAAAUAUAUCUUAGUAUACACAACUUAUUCAUCAAAUACUUUUGGAAAAUAUUCCGUUUCAGCAGCCGGUCCAGGUCAAUUCGAAAAGUUUCGAUGUACGUCGUUCUUAACGUGA